AUGCGCUUCGAACACGUCCUUCUCGCAGCCCUCACCUCUACCGCUGAGGCCCUGGCCCUAGGCAUAAACUGCCGCGGCAGCAGCAAUUGCGGCGCCCCCGAUGCCCCCGAACUAAUCGACCAGAUCGAUCCAAGCCGGUGGUACGACAACGGCGAACAAAUCGCCUGCCAGAAUGAGGCUCUUGAUGAAGGUGCUGUAUGCGCGUUCCUCCAAAAUUCCGGGGGCGCCCCGGCUUCGUCGAUCAUCACCCUCGCGCGGGAACUAGAAGAUCAUGGUUGUGGGGUCUGCGGCAGUAUACCACUGUUCUACCCAAAUGAUAACAAUGUUGAUGAUGGGGAAUUGACGAUCAAUUUCGUGUCGGGUUCGUGCUGCUCUGGGUCAACUUGCAUUUGCCCCUAG